GCUAUAAACCAGAAAGUAUUUAUAAGUUAAAAUUUUUAUUUGAAAUGAAAAUUGAAUAAGGGGCGAGAGCGAAUGAUAUUGAGAUUUAAGUGUUUUUGUACUACUAAUCUACAUUUCCGGACAGAAGUUUCAAUUAUCAGCUGAUAACAAAUGUCAAAAUAUAGUAACAGAAUACAUUAUUUUACAAAGAUAAGACCUUCAAGAGUCUACAAUGCUGCUUUAUCCACUGCUGUGACUACUAAGGAAGAAAAAGUUAAAGUAGGCAAUUAUAAUAUAAAUUAUGUCAAAGUGGGAAAUGGUCCACACCAUGUAUUCUGUAUGCCGGGUGCACUGGGAACUAUAUGGUCUGAUUUUAAGCCGCAACUUGAAGGACUGAAUAGAGAUAAGUUUACAAUAUUAGCAUGGGACCCUGUGGGCUAUGGGAAAAGUAGACCCCCGGAAAAAGAGUUUACUCCUGAUUUUUAUGAAAAAGAUGCAGAUGUUGCUGCGGAGCUUCUUAAGAAACUGAAAAUACCAAAGUUCUCGAUACUGGGAUGGAGUGAUGGAGGCAUAAGUGGUAUGAUCCUAGCUGCCAAAUACCCCAGUGUAGUUAAUAAGCUUGUGAUAUGGGGAAGCAAUUCAUUUAUGUUGCCGAAUGAGGUUGAAGCAUUAAAAAAAAUAAGAGAUGUCAAAACAUGGUCAGCCAAGAUGCGUGAACCAAUGAUAGAAGCUUACGGGGAAGAAAAGUUUGCUCAGUACUGGGCGAGAUGGGUGGAUGGUAUGGUGGAGAUAGCUCAAGCUCAAAAUGGCAACAUUUGCAAUGAGAUUGUAAAGGACAUUAGCUGCCCAACAUUCAUACUGCAUGGGGAAAAGGAUCCUCUGGUUGAUAAUGUACAUGUUUCACAUCUGCAUACACAUAUAGAAGGAUCCAGAAUACAUUUAUACCCCGACGGAAAACAUAAUAUUCACAUACGUUACGCCGAAGAUUUUAAUAAAAAGAUUCAAGAAUUUUUACUAUUACCUAACUGACUGUGACAUUGAAUUUAUUGUAAUUUUAAGAGGUUGAGUGAUAACUUUUAUUUAUAUUUACUUAUUGUGUGUAUUCUUUCAAAUAAUUUUGGACAAACCUUGGUUUACUUUGUUUUUAAGGUCAAGCUCUUAGUUGGUACUGCCAGAACAUUCACAUAAUUAUCUUUUUCUACAUCAAAGUUGUUUUUAUAUUAAUUUUUGACCUUUAAAUAAGUGGAAUUUUGUAAUAGUCUUAAUAACGGUUAUUGUAAAUCGAGAAAAAAAA